CUCUUCUUCCUCCUCUUCCUCCUCCUCCCCCAGGUCAACCUCAACAACAUCAAGAGGUGUUUGCUCAUCAACUACGACCCCCAGACGCAGCUCCUCGACUUCAGGCAUUACAGCGUCAAGGUCGUGCCCGUGGGUGUGAGCAAAGGGCUGAAGAAACUUCUCCAGGAGAAAUUCCCCAACAUGAGUCGCUUGGAAGACAUCAGCGAGCUGCUGGUGAAGGACAUCAACCUGUCAGAGAGUGAAGCUGAGCAGGAUGGGACCCACAACAUCCUGGAGCUGCCGCAGGCGUACGCCGGCCGCGGCAACAUGAAAGCUCAGCAGAGUGCCGUGCGCCUCACCGAGAUUGGACCUCGUAUGACUCUGCAGCUCAUCAAGGUGGAGGAGGGUCUGGCCCAGGGCAACGUGCUCUACCACAGCUUGGUCCACAAGACAGAGAUGGAGGUGAAGGAGAUCCUGGCACGGAAAGAAGCCAAGCUGAAGCUGAAAGCAGAGCGACGGCAGAAGCAGGAGGAGGACGUGAAGCGCAAGCGGCAGCAGCGUGAGGCUCACAGGGAGAAAAGUUUGGCAGGGAUCCGAAAAAAACAUCAGGGAGAUGGUGACAGUGACGCCGAGGAUCCUGGUGCUGCCGAGGAGCUGGAGCAGUCGGAGGAGAGCGAUGCCGAGUAUUAUCGGCAGGAGGUGGGCGAAGAGCCGGAUAGAG